AUGUCAUUUCAACUCCGCGAUCAGCACGAAACGAUAGAAAAAAUGAACAAGGACUUGUUAAGCAUUAGGAAUUGGUGCUUUGAUAAUCAGCUUUUACUCAACCCAGAUAAAACAAAACUAGUGAUAUUCGGCAGCCGGCAAAUGACUGCUAAGGUUAGCGACUUUAGGCUAUUUCUAUUGGGGAAGGAACUCGAGCCCGUUAAGGCUGCAAGAGACCUUGGUGUCACACUGGACUCUAACUUAACAUAUAAUGAGCAUAUUGUUUCUACUGUAUCCUCAUGCAUGUCACGUUUGGGCCAAAUUAACCGCGUUAAGCAUAUUUUUAAUAAACACGCGCUAAUUAUUAUUAUAAAUGCCUUAUUAUUUAUUAAAUUAUUCUAUUGCUCUUCUGUUUGGAGCAAUACUACUCAAACUAAUCUGGACAAGCUCCAAGCAGUACAGAAUUUCGCUUGUCGUAUUUUGAGCGGCGCUAAAAAUUCGAUCACAUAA